GGCAUGCUUUGCAUAACAGCAAACGUCCCAGUCAAGGGUUCAGAAACAAGAUGGACGACAUAUAUGCUGAUUAAAGUUAAACAAAAACUUAAAUUUGCAGCUAUGAUUUCAACAUCAAACUUAAAAAUACUUUCUAGACUGACUCUUUCUCAAUGGUUUGUGACAAGAAGCCUUCGAACCAGCGCGAUCGCUGUUCAAAACACGCAGAAGAAAGAACUUGGCGAUCGACAAAGGCUGGUCAUCUUGGGAACUGGUUGGGGAAGCUACAGCGUGUUGAAACAAAUCGACAAGAAACUAUUUGAUGUUAUUGUGGUCAGUCCUCGUAACCACUUUCUUUUUACACCGCUGUUGUGUAGCACAACCGUAGGAACGUUGGAAUUUCGAAGUAUUAUCGAGCCGGUGAGAAACACUGGCUUUAGAGACGAGCAUCACUUUCAACAAGCAGAGGCCGUAGAGUUGCUUCCAGAUGAACACACGGUGGUCUGCAAGAGUACUUUGAACGGUGAUCGAUACGAUUUGAAGUACGAUAAACUGGUCAUUGGCGUAGGAGCUGUUAGCAAUACAUUUGGUGUUCCGGGCGUUUACGAUCAUGCCUUCUUUCUCAAGGAAAUUUCGGAUGCAAGGAUGAUCAGGAAUCAAAUUCUCAAAAAUUUUGAAUUGGCCAUGCAGCCCGGCGUCAGCGGAGAAGAGAAAAAGCGCCUGCUACAUUUUGUCAUAGUUGGGGGUGGCCCCACUGGGGUGGAGUUUGGUGCUGAGUUGUAUGACUUUGUGAAACAAGAUGUGACAAGGCUGUAUGUUCAUGAGCGCAGCAAUGUGAGAGUGACUCUGAUUGAGGCAAGGCAGAUCCUGCCAUCUUUUGAUGAAAAACUCAGAACCUUUGCAGAAAGCAAGAUGAGACAGAGAGAUCAGUUUGAACUUCUUCAGAGCAGUGUAACUCAAGUAUGUGCUGAUCACAUUCAGUUGAAAGAUGGAGAAAAAUUGCCUUGUGGUUUGGUGGUGUGGUCAACUGGCCUUGCUCCGAGGCCAUUCACUGGUAAGCACAGCAGGCUUUGGAGUCUUUAUCAACUGAAGUUAACCCUUUAACUCCCAAGAUCUGACUAGUAAUUUUCCCCUCUCGUUGCUACACAUUUCCUUGUCAAUUAGUUAUGAGAAUUUGGUGUUGGAUCAAGAUAACAAUUUGUACCUGAUAAGUUUGAAUGUUCUCAAAACCUGUUUGCUAAAUAAUGUAUGGAAAUUAUAGGGAAAAAUUACAUGUUCAUCACUUCUGGGAGUUAAAGGGUUAAAAGUAAUGAAGGAUUGCUUUGGUUUUCAUGUCACCUUGUUCUUUGAUUGGUCUAGAAAACUUUUGUCAUCCUCAUCAAAUGAGAUGCACAUAUUCUUUGGAUUUGAUCAUUCAUAUAAAUUUUGAAGGGUUUAGGCAGCUUUUAAGUACUUGGUUUGAAUUCUCAUUAAGUUCAAGUUCUAUGUAAGAGAAGAAUGUGUGUUUAUCAAAAAUACAGACUUUGUAUCAGAGCUGACACCCUCUGAUUACUGCAAAUGGAUUUGCAAGCUAACUUAGCUAAGUAACCCAAAAUCAAACUAGAAAGACAGUGAUGAUCUAUUGAAAACUAGAUACCCAUCACUAGCUAAAUUUCGACAAUGUUUGCUCAUGUCAAACCUUAUGAAAAGUGACAAGUGAUCAAAUAGCUACUUUUUUAUUUGUAGUUUCAAUUAAAUUUUUUUUUCGCAUUUAUUUUAUUUUAGCUUCAGUUAAACUACCCAAGAACAACAACAGUCAGCUGGUAGUUGAUAAGUUUCUCAGAGUCCAAGGAAUUGAUGAUGGCUCAAUAUUUGCAAUUGGCGACUGCUCCUUUAUUGAGGCCAAUCCAUACCCCUGCACUGCCCAGGUAGCAGAGAGGGAGGGCAGCUAUGUGGCCAAAUCCCUGGGGCUCUCAGCUCAAGGGAGGGGCUCAGAGGUGGAGCCCUUCUCCUGGAGGAACAUUGGUAUGCUGGCUUAUCUUGGAGAUUAUCAAGGACUGGCUGAUUUUCCCACAAGCAAGUUGCAAGGCUUUAAAUCAUGGAUUCUUUGGAGAUCGGUGUACUUUACCAAACUUGGGAGCUGGAGGUUGAGAUUUCAGGUACCUUUUGAUUGGAUGAGAACUUUCAUUUGGGGCAGAGAUGUUUCUCAGUUUUGAACAGACCUUAACACUUUCACUCCCAGAUCUCAAUAGUAAUUCUCCUUACUGACUGCCAUAUAACUGUUAGGAUGUUAGUUUGGAGAAUUUAGUGCAUCCCUUUGUUCUCAUCACUUUUCUGUUCGAUAUAAUGAUAAGGGAUUAAUGAUAAGGGAUUUAUAUAGCGCUAAAACUAUAAACAAUAUUCAGAAGUACUAUUGUACAAAUACUGCAAAUAGAAAUUCUGCCUUGGUCAGUCAUGAGAGUUAAAGGGUUAGCAUUUUGCCCUAAAAAAGUGUGUAAGCAAUGGGAUAGGCACAAGACUGGUUAAUGUUAAGGAUAGCAGUCAUGUUUCAUGCAUAUAUAGACCAAGGAAGAGGAACUAUAACUCAAAUUCUGGAAUGCUCACAAAUACAGCUCUUUUCAAAUUCUCUUUCAGCAUCACAAAUUAAUUUCUAUUCACAUGAACUAACUCAAGGUAAAGGCAAGUGUGGGUAAAACAAGUUUUGUACAGUAAAAUAUGUAAAUAUGUUUAUAUAAAUAUAAAUACAAUGCAUAAUAAGAGAAGCACAAUGUAUGAACCAGCUCUUCAAAUGUAUUUUUAUCUUUACAUAAACUGAAUACUUUAUCACGAAUUCAUUUUUAUUCUAAUUUAAUAUUUGGUAGUUCAAACAUCAAUUCAUUGGCCAGAGAUUGUAAUUCACAUGAAGGCAUCAAGUGAGCAUAAUAAUAUGUCUUUAUUGCAUACAUUAAAUAUGAUAAUGAAGCAAUUGAGUUGACCAUAAUCUUUUUAGAAGCUUGUGACAUCUGUAACAUAUAGACUAGAAUUAUCACAUUCUAUUCUAAUUCAAUAAACUACUGUUACACAACAGAGAUCUAAAUCUUACAUUUAUAGAUUCAUUCGGUGUCAAUAAAGUAGUCAGUUAAGUAAUCAUUUUAGCAUGGUUUGUAAUGUUUUCAAACUUCCUGAAUUGUUUGGAACAAAUAAAGUAGAUGUACCUUUUUUAACCUCGUAGAGUGGUUCAGAUAGUUAUGCUAACUUAAUUAUCCUUGCUUUCUCUCUCAAUUUACUGCGCAUUGUAUUUGCUUUCCUGGACCUUUCCGGUUUCCCCGAAUUUUUCACUUUUGCAUAAGCAUGCAUCACACCCAGGUGUCAAUGUGUUAGAGAAUAUCUCUAACUGACUUCAAGGGGAGCAGGGGCCCCACUUGACUAAAUAACAGACACGUACAACCAGGCAGUAGUUUAUAAAAAUAUCCUAACUUAAAUAUCACGUGAUCAUUGCUUCCUCUCAGUAAAUAAAUCAGAUGAAUUUGAUUUUAAAUCUGGUUUGUUGACUGUUACCUUAAAAUGUUUCUUCCCACAGCUUCGUGCAGUUAGUAAAACGAAGCACAAAAGUACACAGCGCGAUUGUAGCAGAGGAGUGAAGAACGAGG